CUCUGUAUAUUCGAAGACGUAAUUCUCAUUUUUAGCGAAAAAAAAGAAAAUAAGAGAGAGAGAGAGAGAGAGAGAGAGAGAGAAUAGAGAAAAAAAGGAAAUCACAGGCUAAGCUCUCUCACUCUCUCUUUAUGCUCGCUUCUCUUGUAAGAAACUGGUGGAUGUAUCAAAGAGCUUCUCCAUUCCAGUCUCUUCUUAGGAGGCUGCUAUGCUAUUAAUCGACUUUCUUUCAUAGAUCUGAAGAAUUCCGAGACGUUCUGUUUCAUCUUCAUUGUAUCUUAAAAGGAAGGGAAACUGGCGGCCACACUAACUUGGAGACUAGCUGCCAGCAACGGCAGCAGUCAUCCUACUAAUGAUCUGGAGAAAAAUAUGGAUGGAAAAAUUCAAGAUUCAGAGCCUCCAACUCCGCAUUCUAUUAUGAAGAUGGGCUCCAGAGAUCGCAAUAGCAUGGAAGAUCCAGAUGGGACACUGGCAAGUGUUGCUCAAUGCAUUGAGCAGCUGCGGCAGAGUUCCUCCUCUGUGCAGGAGAAAGAAUUUUCUUUGAAGCAAUUGCUGGAACUUAUUGAUACACGUGAGAGUGCAUUCAGUGCUGUUGGAUCUCACUCUCAAGCAGUUCCAGUACUAGUUUCUCUUCUUCGUUCAGGAUCCCUUGGGGUGAAAAUACAAGCUGCUACUGUUUUAGGUUCCUUGUGCAAGGAAAAUGAAUUAAGGGUAAAAGUUCUACUUGGAGGAUGCAUCCCCCCAUUGCUUGGUCUCCUCAAAUCAAGCUCGUCAGAGAGUCAAGUUGCUGCUGCAAAGACCAUUUAUGCUGUUUCCCAAGGUGGUGCUAGGGAUCACGUUGGAUCCAAAAUAUUUUCUACUGAGGGAGUUGUUCCAGUACUGUGGGAGCAGCUACGCAAUGGGCUCAAAUCUGGAAAUGUUGUUAGCUUACUGACUGGAGCUUUAAGGAACCUCUCAAGCAGCACUGAGGGAUUUUGGUCUGCAACUAUAAAUGCUGGCGGUGUAGACAUACUUGUGAAUUUAUUGGCAACAGGAGAGCCAAAUACACAAGCAAAUGUGUGCUUUCUCCUGGCACAUGUGAUGAUGGAAGAUGCAUCUUUUUGUUCCAAAGUUUUGGCUGCAGAGGCUACAAAAAAGCUUCUUAAAUUAAUAGGACCUGGGAAUGAAGCUUCUGUUAGAGCAGAAGCAGCAGGUGCUCUUAAAUCUCUUUCUGCUCAAUGCAAAGAAGCACGUCGUGAGGUAGCAAGUUCAAAUGGUAUUCCUGCCUUGAUCAAUGCAACAAUAGCUCCCUCGAAAGAGUUCAUGCAAGGCGAGUAUGCUCAGGCAUUGCAGGAGAAUGCUAUGUGUGCUUUAGCAAACAUUUCAGGGGGUUUGUCUUAUGUUAUCUCGAGCCUUGGACAAAGCCUUGAGGCAUGCACAUCAGCUGCUCAAACUGCCGACACAUUAGGGGCUUUAGCAUCAGCUCUCAUGAUAUAUGAUAGCAAAGAAGAAGCCACCAGAGCGUCAGAUCCUAUAAUUGUUGAACAGACUUUAGUAAAGCAGUUCGGAUCUCGUGUAACCUUUCUUGUGCAGGAACGAACCAUUGAAGCAUUAGCUAGUUUAUAUGGGAAUGCCAUACUUGCUGUCAAACUUGCAAAUUCUGAUGCAAAACGUUUACUAGUUGGUUUGAUCACAAUGGCAACUAAUGAAGUUCAGGAAGAGCUUGUAAGAGCCCUUCUUACCCUUUGCAACAAUGAAGGUAGUCUAUGGCGUGCCCUUCAAGGCCGUGAGGGGGUUCAGUUGUUGAUUUCACUCCUUGGACUCUCAUCAGAGCAGCAACAGGAAUGUGCAGUUGCAUUGCUUUGUCUUUUAUCAAACGAAAAUGAUGAGAGUAAAUGGGCUAUAACGGCUGCUGGUGGCAUACCUCCACUAGUUCAAAUUCUAGAGUCGGGUUCUGUGAAGGCAAAAGAAGAUUCUGCAACUAUCCUUAGAAACUUAUGCAAUCACAGUGAAGAUAUACGUGCAUGUGUUGAAAGUGCUGAUGCUGUCCCUGCACUUCUGUGGUUGCUUAAGAAUGGAAGCUCUAAUGGGAAAGAAAUUGCAGCAAAGACUUUGAAUCAUUUGAUUCAUAAAUCUGAUACAGCAACUAUCAGUCAGCUUACGGCAUUAUUAACCAGUGAUUUACCAGAAUCUAAAGUCUAUGUUUUGGAUGCUCUUAGAAGUAUGCUUUCUGUGGUCCCCCUCAAUGAUAUAGUGCGUGAAGGUACUGCUGCGAAUGAUGCCAUUGAGACCAUGAUCAAAAUAUUGAGUUCUACUAGAGAAGAGACGCAAGCCAAAUCUGCAUCAGCCUUAGCUGGAAUUUUUGAAAUCCGGAAAGACUUGCGUGAAAGUAGCAUUGCUAUUCAGACUCUCUUAUCAGUCAUAAAGCUACUUAAAGUUGAAUCUGACAAUAUUCUAGCAGAGGCAUCACGUUGCCUUGCUGCAAUAUUUCUCUCAAUCAAGGAGAACAAAGACGUGGCUGCUGCUGCUAGAGAUGUAUUAUCUCCCUUAGUUGUGCUUGCAAAGUCUGCAGUUUUAGAAGUUGCAGAACUGUCAACCUGUGCUCUGGCAAAUCUUCUACUUGAUAGUGAAGUUUCAGAGAAGGCUGUUACUGAAGAAAUUAUUUUACCUGCCACUAGGGUUUUGCGUGAAGGCACAAUGUUCGGAAAGACACAUGCAGCAGCAGGAAUUGCUCGCUUGCUUCGUUCUCGGAAAAUUGACCAUAGCAUCACUGACUGUGUGAAUAGUGCAGGAACUGUCCUCGCAUUAGUAUCAUUUCUAGGCUCUGCAGACACCAGGACUGUUUCCACAUCAGAAGCACUAGACGCUCUUGCCAUUUUAUCUAGAUCUGAAGGGGUUAGCGGGAAUAUGAAGCCUACAUGGGCAGUCUUGGCUGAAUUCCCCAAAAGCAUUUCUCCGAUUGUUGCAUCCAUUACUGAUGCAACUCCUAUAUUACAGGACAAGGCAAUUGAGGUAGUAGCACGACUUUGCCGGGAUCAACCUGGUGUUAUAGGAGAAGAAGUAGUUACUGCAUCUGGAUGCAUAGCUUCUGUUUCUAGGAGGGUGAUCAAUUCCACAAACAUUAAGGUCAAGAUUGGAGGAACUGCCCUUCUUGUAUGUGCAGCUAAAGUUAACCACCACAGGCUGUUGGAAGAUCUCCACGCAUCAAGUUCAUGUAGUCUACUCAUUCAAUCUCUUGUUGCAAUGUUAAGCUCUUCACAGACUUCUGCACUGGAUAAUCAAAGUGAUACUGAUAGGGAAUUUAUCAGCAUAUAUAGACUUGCUAAAAAAGAUAACAAUGGUACAGAAUCCAAUAAAGCUACUGCUGUUGUUUAUGGUGUCAACCUGGCAAUUUGGCUACUCUGUCUUCUUGCGUGUCACGAUGGAAGAAGUAAGACUGUGAUCAUGGAGGCUGGAGCAGUUGAAGUUCUCACAGAGGGAAUAUCCAAUUAUUAUUCACAGUAUGCUCAGAUUGACUUUAAAGAAGACAGCAGCAUAUGGAUUUCGUCUCUACUGCUUGCAAUUCUAUUUCAAGACAGGGAUAUAAUACGAGCACAUGCAACCAUGAAAUCUAUACCAGUGAUUGCAAAUUUACUGAAAUCAGAGGAGCCGGCAAAUAGAUAUUUUGCAGCUCAGGCCAUAGCAAGUCUAGUUUGUAAUGGUAGCAGGGGUACCCUGCUGUCGGUUGCAAACUCUGGUGCAGCAGGGGGACUAAUAUCCUUACUUGGUUGUGCAGAUGCUGACAUAUUUGAUCUUCUUGAAUUGUCAGAGGAGUUCAUGCUGGUUCGCUAUCCUGAGCAAGUUGCGUUGGAGAGGUUGUUUCGGGUAGAUGACAUAAGGACUGGUGCUACUUCUCGGAAAGCCAUUCCGGCUCUUGUUGAUUUGCUCAAACCAAUUCCUGAUCGUCCAGGAGCACCUUUUCUAGCCCUUGGGAUUUUGACCCAGCUAGCGAAAGACUGCCCAUCAAAUAAGAUUGUAAUGGUGGAAUCAGGGGCUUUGGAAGCAUUGACCAAAUAUCUUUCACUUGGACCACAAGAUGCAACUGAAGAAGCUGCUACUGAUUUGUUAGGAAUUCUAUUCAGCAGUUCUGAGAUACGUAGGCAUGAGUCUGCCUUUGGUGCUGUCAGUCAGCUUGUAGCAGUUCUGCGUUUGGGUGGAAGGGGUGCAAGGUAUAGUGCUGCUAAAGCAUUGGAGAGCCUCUUUUCUGCUGACCAUAUUAGGAAUGCUGAAUCUUCCAGACAAGCUGUGCAACCCUUAGUGGAGAUUCUCAGUACUGGCUUGGAGAGGGAGCAACAUGCUGCCAUUGCUGCUUUAGUCCGUUUAUUAAGUGAAAACCCAUCAAGAGCCCUUGCAGUUGCAGAUGUUGAAAUGAAUGCAGUCGAUGUCCUUUGCAGAAUUCUGUCAACAAAUUGUACAAUGGACUUGAAGGGAGAUGCCGCUGAGUUGUGCUGUGUACUUUUUGGAAAUACAAGAAUUAGAUCUACAAUGGCUGCAGCGAGAUGUGUUGAGCCUUUGGUAUCGCUUCUUGUGACUGAGUUUAGUCCUGCUCAGCAAUCAGUUGUCCGUGCAUUGGAUAAACUUGUUGAUGAUGAACAACUAGCAGAACUAGUUGCUGCACAUGGAGCUGUUGUCCCUCUUGUAGGGCUCCUCUAUGGUAGAAAUUUCAUGCUUCACGAAGCAGUGUCUAGAGCACUUGUAAAGUUAGGUAAAGAUAGACCUGCUUGUAAGAUGGAAAUGGUAAAAGCUGGAGUAAUUGAAAGCAUUUUAGAUAUCCUCCUUGAAGCACCUGAUUUUCUUUGUUCAGCCUUUGCAGAACUCCUCCGUAUACUGACUAAUAAUGCUAACAUUGCUAAGGGACCAUCUGCUGCGAAAGUGGUUGAACCCCUUUUCCUAUUGUUGACAAGACCAGAAUUUGGACCUGAUGGACAGCAUAGUGCACUCCAGGUUCUUGUUAAUAUCUUAGAGCAUCCUCAGUGUCGUGCUGAUUAUACAUUGACCUCUCACCAAGCUAUUGAACCACUCAUUCCGUUACUUGAUUCCCCUGCUCCAGCUGUGCAACAAUUGGCCGCUGAGCUCCUAUCACACCUACUUGUGGAAGAACAUUUGCAAAAGGAUUCAGUCACGCAGCAAGUAAUUGGUCCUCUAAUACGAGUACUUGGUUCUGGUAUUCAAAUAUUGCAGCAGAGAGCUGUCAAGGCUCUUGUUAGUAUUGCACUAACGUGGCCUAAUGAAAUAGCAAAAGAAGGUGGUGUCAGUGAGUUAUCCAAAGUCAUUUUGCAAGCUGAUCCUUCACUUCCUCAUUCAUUGUGGGAAUCUGCUGCCACUGUUUUAGCAAGUAUUCUACAGUUCAGUUCUGAAUUUUAUCUGGAAGUCCCAGUUGCGGUGUUGGUCAGGUUGCUUCGUUCUGGAUUAGAAAGCACAGUGGUUGGUGCACUGAAUGCUUUACUUGUGCUUGAAAGUGAUGAUGCAACAAGUGCUGAAGCAAUGGCGGAAAGUGGUGCAAUUGAGGCACUGUUGGAACUUCUGAGAAGCCAUCAAUGCGAGGAAACUGCAGCUAGACUACUGGAAGUACUUCUUAAUAACGUGAAGAUCAGAGAAACCAAGGUUACUAAAUCUGCAAUUGUACCAUUAUCCCAGUAUCUCUUGGAUCCUCAAACUCAAGCUCAACAGCCAAGGUUGCUGGCAACUUUGGCACUUGGUGAUUUGUUCCAAAAUGAAGCUCUUGCUAGAAGCACAGAUGCCGUUUCAGCUUGCCGUGCUCUGGUCAAUGUGCUUGAAGACCAACCAACAGAAGAAAUGAAAGUGGUAGCAAUAUGUGCCUUGCAAAAUCUUGUUAUGUAUAGUCGAUCAAAUAAAAGAGCAGUUGCAGAGGCUGGUGGUGUUCAGGUGGUAUUGGACCUAAUUGGGUCCAGUGAUCCAGAAACAUCUGUUCAGGCUGCAAUGUUUAUUAAACUCCUUUUCGCAAAUCAUACUAUCCAGGAAUACGCAUCCAGUGAGACAGUUAGGGCCAUCACUGCUGCUAUUGAAAAGGACUUGUGGGCCACUGGAACUGUGAAUGAGGAAUACCUGAAAGCCCUAAAUUCUCUUUUUAGCAACUUCCCACGAUUGAGAGCUACUGAGCCUGCUACACUCAGCAUUCCUCAUCUAGUAACAUCCCUAAAGACUGGUACUGAGGCAACUCAAGAAGCUGCGUUAGAUGCCCUAUUUCUUUUGAGGCAAGCGUGGUCAGCUUGUCCAGCUGAGGUUUCAAGAGCUCAGUCAGUUGCUGCUGCAGAUGCUAUCCCUUUGCUUCAGUACUUAAUUCAGUCAGGCCCUCCCCGUUUCCAGGAGAAGGCCGAGUUUUUGUUACAGUGUUUGCCAGGAACGUUAUUAGUUAUAAUCAAACGUGGCAACAAUAUGAAGCAGUCAGUAGGAAACCCCAGCGUAUUUUGCAAGCUCACCCUUGGCAAUACUCCACCGAGGCAAACAAAGGUUGUAUCAACUGGUCCUAAUCCAGAGUGGGAUGAGAGUUUUGCAUGGUCCUUUGAGAGUCCACCAAAAGGCCAAAAGCUUCAUAUUUCUUGCAAGAACAAGAGCAAAAUGGGGAAGAGCUCUUUCGGGAAAGUAACAAUUCAAAUCGACAAAGUUGUAAUGUUGGGAGCGGUUGCCGGCGAGUACACCCUGUUGCCUGAAAGCAAAAGUGGUCCUCGAAAUUUGGAAAUAGAAUUUCAGUGGUCUAACAAGUAAGCAACCAUUGCAUUAGUAGGAUACCAUCCCUUCCCCUGCGGAAUGAUUUUUUCAAUUUAUUUUCAAUUUUGAGUAUUUAUCAUCAAUAGUGUAUAUAAUAUUCUCUCCAGAUUUCUCUUUUAGUCUAUAAAUAGAAAUUUGUCAAAAUAUAUCUCUCUGGAAAUUUCCUUUCACUAGUGUUCUGGGUUAAAAAAUUUGACAGAAAAUUUGCUCUUGUUUGUAUUUCAUUGAUUUCAAGUGCUUGUCAAUUUUGAGGAAAAGUAAUGUAUAAUGUAAUUAUGUAACUUUCAUUGUGUGAGAAUUUAUUAUAAAAAUGUAUGCAUAGGAACUCUCAUAAACA